UUCUCGAGAAAAAAAAAAAAAUUCAACUUUACCCCAAAGAAGCAAGCUUUUACUUUUCUAAUUCCACUCACCAAACUUCCAAAGUCUCAUCUUUUUUCCACUUAAAAACCUUAACUUUAAUAAUCUCUGUACGAAAAACAAAAUCAUUUUGAUUCUUUCGAAUCUCAAAGGAAUCGGAUUUUUUCAAAUGGGUUGUACAACUUCAAAGCUCGACGAUCUCCCAGCAGUUGCGCUUUGUCGUGACCGUUGUGGUUUCUUAGAAGCAGCGAUUCAUCAACGUUACGCUUUAGCUGAAGCUCACGUCUCCUACACACAAUCCCUUAAAGCAAUCUCUCACUCACUUCACCAAUUCAUCAAUCACCACCACCGUGACGAUGAUUCAGAUUCACCCAAGAAAGCUAAACCCAAGAUGGAUGAUUCCGGUUCCGGGUCGGGUCAUCUCGAAUUCGAUUCGGAUUCUGACGAUGACGAUACUGAUUCGUUGCAUUCGUCUCCUCUACAUCAUCAUCUAGACGACGACGAGGACUCGAAUCCGAAGUCGUAUUUGCAUAUUAACUAUAUGAAGAAUAGUUCGAUGGCUCCUUCUGUGGUUUAUGAGCAGAGACCUUCGAGUCCUCAGAGAGUUUACUUCGGCGAAUCAUCAACCUCUAACUAUAAUCAAUAUCAGAACUACGGAGCCGAGACUUUGUCGAGGUUGCCUCCGCCGCCACCGUCGCCGUCGAGGGAAAAGGUUUGGGAUUUCUUAAACCCUUUUGAUACUUAUUACACUCCGUACAGUCCUAGUCGUGAUUCGAGAGAGCUUAGAGAAGAAUUGGAUAUUCCGGAUUUGGAGGAGAACGAUGAGGUUGUGAAGGAAGUACAUGGGAAACAGAAACUUGUGGCUGCGGCUUCUGUGGAAGAGCCGUUACGUGAUUCUGGUGGUGCCAGCACUAGCGGAGGAGGUCAGGCUUCUCUGUAUCAGACUAGGCCAAGUGUGUCAGUUGAGAAAGAAGUGAUGGAGCAUGAGGUUCAUGAUGUCGUGGAGAAGAAAGUUGUUGAGGAUGGUGGUGGUGGUGGUAAGGACGUGGCGCGGAGGAGUAACGCUGCGGCUGCUGCACGUGGCAGUAGGGUCCGGCAUGAGGUGCCUGAGGUUGCUAAAGAGAUAGAUGCUCAGUUUUUGAGAGCUGCAGAUUCAGGAAGUGAGAUUGCAGUGAUGCUUGAAGUGGGCAAGCAUCCUUAUGGUCGCAAACAUGUUUCGUCGAAGAAGCUGUACGAGGCUACCCCAUCACCGUCUAUGGCUUCGCCAGCUCAAUCAUCAACCUCCAAGAAAACCAAAGCUGAAGCCUCUUCUUCAGUGGCUGCUCCUACUUACGCAGACAUUGAGGCAGAGCUUGCUUUAAGAUCUCGGAAACUUUCUUCGACAUUGCACAAGCUCCAUCUCUGGGAGAAGAAGCUUUAUGAGGAAGUCAAGGCCGAGGAAAAACUGCGUGUAACCCAUGAGAAAAAGUUAAGGAAGCUGAAGCGUCUGGAUGAAAGAGGUGCUGAGGAUCUAAAAGUAGAUUCAACACGAAAAUUAGUGAGAAGUUUGUCCUCAAAGAUAAGGAUUUCGAUUCAAGUUGUUGACAAAAUAUCCGUGACAAUUAUCAAGAUAAGAGACGAAGAGCUAUGGCUGCAACUGAAUGAAUUGAUCCAAGGGCUUAGUAGAAUGUGGAAAUCCAUGCUUGAGUGCCACAGAAGUCAGUGUGAGGCUAUUAAGGAAGCCAGAGGCUUAGGCCCCAUAAAAGUGAGCAAAAAACUCGGUGAUGAUCAUCUUGAAGCUACACGGACGCUUGGGCAUGAACUUAUAAAUUGGAUUGUGGGAUUCUCGAACUGGGUCAGUGCGCAAAAGGGUUUUGUAAGAGAGCUGAAUAGUUGGCUUAUGAAGUGUCUUUUCUAUGAACCUGAGGAAACUCCUGAUGGGUUCGUUCCAUUUUCACCUGGUCGUAUUGGGGCUCCAUUGAUUUUCGUGAUCUGUAACCAGUGGGAACAAGCUCUAGAUAGAAUAUCAGAGAUGGAAGUUAUCGAGGCCAUACGCCGUUUCACAACGAGUGUGCUUCAUCUUUGGGAAAAAGAUAGGUCAGAAACCCGAGAGAGGAUGACAGGGCUGGGUGAUCCAAGGAAUAUGGACCGAGAGGAACAGAGAAUACAGAGAGAGAUUCAAGAACUGGAAAGGAAAAUGGUUCUGGUUGGUCAGUGCGAGGAUAACAUUGUCUACCAAAGCGACACUAGUAACGAGAGUUUACAGGGUAGUCUUCAACGUAUAUUUGAAGCUUUGGAGAGAUUUACAGAGGAAUCUGUGAAAGCUUAUGAGGAUCUCUUGCAUCGUGCUGAAGAAGAAUGCGGCUCUCGGGAAACAGAUGAAGACUAAUGGAAAACCAUGGAGGAAAAUAUUGCAUGACCAAAAGAUGAUCAAUAAACUUGGGAGUUGAUUCACGUGCUACAGACAGCCAUGAUGCAUGAUCUGCCAUGACUCAGCUCUGCAGUCAAUAGUCUAGAGUACCAGACCCAAAUUGGGUCACCCAGUUCAUGUAUGGCUGGUAUCUAAGGCACUGGGAAGUUAAUGUAUCAUCUUCCUCAGACACGGCCAAGAACUGCUCUGCGGUAGACAUGGGAUAGAGAAAUGGGACAGUGCUCGGGUAACGUAUGUGGGUGGGUGCGUGCCGUGCCCUAUCUAGGAAGGGGAUGGUUGGUUGAUCGAUUCCAUGGUUCAGAAAAAAUGUAAGAUACUUUGGCACAAGUGAUGAUGUGAAGUACCCAAUUUUGUAUAGCUUUAUUUAUUUUGUAAAACGUUACUAUGUUCCACAACAUUUAUUUAAUCUAUGAACAAAAAACUUAAAACGGAUUUAUUUA